GUCACUAAACAAGAGGAUUCUACAGAACCCAUACUUGCCUUAACAAAAACAUUCCCUCCCAAUCCCAAUCCUACAUUACUUCCAUUCUAAAUUUUGUACCCCUCUCACUGUCUUCAUAUAAAGAGAGACCCAAUUCAGACGUAUGGAAAAUGGGUUUCUAAGUAAGGUGAGAAUGGAGGGGCAGAGAAGAGUGUUGGCAGUGAAAUUGGAGAGGCUGAGGACUCAGAACCCAGAUGGGUUUUGCGUCAUGACGGACGACCAAGUCGAGCAACUCCAGAAACAGAUCGCCGUCUACGCCGUCAUCUGUGAGCAGCUUGUUGAUAUGCACAAGGCCUUCACUGCCCAACAGGAUCUUGCUGGAAUGAAGAUGGGAAAUGUGUACGGCGAUUUGAUGCCAUUUGGUGGCAACAAGGUAACUGCAAGGCAGCGGUGGACGCCAUCAAAUACGCAACUUGAAAUCCUUGAGCGUAUCUAUAAUGAAGCCAACGGAACUCCAGGAAAGCACAGAGUCAAAGAGAUAACCAAGGAACUCUCACAACAUGGCCAUGUUACUGAAACUAAUGUUUACAAUUGGUUCCAAAACAGAAGAGCUCGUUCAAAGAGAAAGCAAUCGGUGCCAACACGGAACAUGACAGAAUUAGAUAUAGAGCCCGAGGUUAUAUCUCCCAAGGAUAAGAAGACAAAACCUGAAGACAUGUACUUUCGAAGUCCUGAUUCAGGAAAUGAGAACCCCAAAUGGUAAUGUUGAAGUUCCUAGUUGAAGAGUAGACGUGGUUGGAUUAUAUCAGUUUGAAGUUCUUUCUUCUUUGUGUUUCAACAGAAACUUAUGAAAGUAGAGGCUAACGUGCAGUAGCUAUAUCACAGCAGGCUUUUAUGAGAUUAAACUUAUGAACCACAUAUGAGUUGCAAACAUUACAUUACAUAUUAUAUAAAUAAGAUCACAAGUUUGAUUCUUUGGUCGU